ACCGUCGGUCCUGGAGCAAAGAAGAAAAAGAACAAUCAUUCUUCGGGCGUAACACAUUUCAUCUUUGAUUCCAAGGAGCUGAAAUCACGAACAACACCUGUCUCGCUUCACGCUCUGAGGAGCGUUCCUCUGACCAUGAUACGCGAAAAAGUAACGUCCGAAUACAUAAAAUUUAUCAAAGCUCCUUCGAUGCCUUUAGUAAAGCGUAUACUUGUUUUGCAUGUGCCUGGAAUAACACCAGAUAUUCUUGGGAUGCCGCCACCACCGCCACACGUCCAGAGGAAAAAAGUGCACCCUACCUCAAUGUUUUCUGGGAGUGCCAUGAUUCCCGCUCCCUCGGCCCAAACCUCCAACUCCCCCGCUUUUCCAUUACCCAUUCAUCAGUCAUACCCCGAGAAUAAGCUUCCAGCUAUGGCCAAGUUGUUCACUCAUGGGCUGCCAACCUACUUCUCCGGCGAGAAGACAAACCUUGAGGAUGCUGUAGAAGCGUUCAUGGCGGGGCCCUCGUAUAAGACUUCUGACAAUCAGGACGUCCACCCGAAACGAUUCACAACUGUGGAAAAGGCCACGCUUGAAUCCCUCCUUCUCACUCCAUCUCAAGUUCUUCGCGAGGGACUUUUAUCACCCCUUAAUGAUCCACUAGACUCUACGGAUGUACCUAUGGAUCAAGAUAUCUCUGAAGAAUGCUUGGAGGCUGACGUUCUUCAUGUCGCAAAUGGAUGGAUGUCCUAUCCUCGAACACCUGUGAGAACAUCUGCUUGGGUUCAACCACCAUCGGCUACUGCUGAUGCUGGAGAAGAGCAAGUCGUCUUAGCUCUUGACUGUGAAAUGGUGGACACUUCAAGCGGAAAGGAACUAGUACGACUGGGUGUCGUUGAUUUCUGGGAGGACCAACCGCUGUUGGACCUCUACGUGAAACCGGAUAGCGAAGUCAGAGAUUAUCUCACGGAAUAUACCGGAGUGAUCGCUGAAAUGCUGGAAUCAGUGACAACUACUCUAGCAGACGCUCAGAGGCAGCUCCUCCAGCUGAUGCGGGAUUCUCGAUGCAUUCUCAUUGGGCAUCACAUUGCACAUGACUUGGCGGCUCUCAAGCUCGCUCACAACCGCUGCAUCGACACUUCAGUUAUAUAUGACAACCUAGCAUGGCCAACGAGAAAAGCCAGUUUGAAAUGGCUGGCACAAAGGUAUUUGUGGAUCACCAUCCAAGACCAGCGCCCAAUCCUCGUGGGUUCUGGGACUGCCGGUCAACCCUCGCCGGCGUCGGGACCCAGAGGGCACUCCCCUAUCGAAGAUGCUCAGGCUUGUGUAAAGCUUGUUAAGAAGAAACUGGAGAAUGACAUGGCAUUUGGGAAGGUUGUUUCAACGUCGAUAUGGGACAGAGUACGAAUGAAGGGGAUGAAAGCAGCCUUUGUUGGGCCUGAAAGCCAAAGAUAUGGGAGCGGAUCCAACAGUCAACUCGAUUGCACGAACGAUGACGAGAUUGCUUCUGGUAUAAUCGGUGCCCUCGAGCAUCACGAGUUUGUGUAUGGCCACCUUCCAAACUUGCCACGCGCCCUUAGAUGGACCUAUCAUGCAACAUCCUCGGGCGAUAUCCCUUCAUUCACAUCCCAACCUGAGGGUGAAACCGCUUUGAGAUCGCUGAACACCGCUAUCGACAAACUAGUUGCUCAUCUCCCCCAUUCUACCGCGGUCAUCCUUUACACCGGGUACAGCGACCCUCGCCACAUUGGCAUUUCCCACCGUAAAAAAAGGAGCUGGGAGAGGAAAAUUCGCGCAGGGGUAAAUGAAGCAGAGAUCCCGGAGUCGGAAAGAUGGACGAACAGCGAUGAUGAAGAACUCCAAAAUUUAGCAGAGAAGGUUCGGGUAGGACUGGCUUUUUUUGCAACAACUUCGCCAGCCGCGCAAUAGACACAUAUGCGUUGGGUGCUUUGAAGUGCCAAUAGGUUUUAUAGUUCUAAUAUACUAGCCAUUUACAAUAUUCACUCUCCACACCAUGACCGAAGUAGAUCCCAAAGCUCUGCUGUAGACACUAUUGGUUCCUGCUCCGCGUCAAGGUUCAUCGAGGCGCGGAAUCCCUCAUAACGGCUCACCGCAUUCGCUUGCAUUGGCGCCACAAGGAUACCAACCGUUCUCGCAUCUUCAAGAUAGAGACGCAGUUUCUCAACCCAUGCCCGUACCUCAUUCUCACAAUUUUCAAGGAAUCGAUUCAUUUGAGUUGAAAUUAUGGGGACAGCCGUUCCUGCAAGGUUGGCACCAUUAGGAUUUUUGCUCAGGUUCCAAGGUGCAUCCCGUAGUGGCUGAGUGGCUCGUUCAGCGCACAUAUUUAUAAGGGUUUCGCACUCCCGUUUAAG